UAUCACGGAGGUUAUUAACCAAGUCAUUGGGCAGAGAUCGGCAUCAGUCGACAUUCUGAAAUAAGGGUCAUGUGCCAACUGCCGUCAAAACAGUAGUACGAAUUUUCACUUUACUGAUGAGCGCUUACUGGUUGAUUUAAAUUUUUAAUUUGAAGAGCAGAAACGUCUGGAUUGUUCACGAGACGGACUGGUAGCUAGCAGAAGAUCUUACAUGCAUCCGACAUCAUGCAGACUGAUCGGGAAUUUCUGUACGGUACCAACAUCACUGUGGAUGAUGACUGGCGUCCGAACUCCACCACCGUACCGACACAGGACGGCCACUUCACGCCGUGGUUUUUUAUUCGAGCCAUCCUCGGUCCGUCGGUCUUGCUUGUCACACUCAUCGGUAACCUACUAGUUAUCUACGUCUUUGCAACAACCAGGAAGCUCCGGACGUACACCAAUUACUACCUGGUGGGGCUGGCCGUGGCGGACCUCGUCAGCGGCGGCAUCACCCCCGCCCUGGAAAACGUAUCCUGGAUGCUGGAGAUGUGGCCCUUUGGUGAGGCGGUUUGUACAAUCAAUGUUUACAUCAACCAUCUUUUCAUCCAUGCUACCUUUCUGAUGACACUGACGAUAUGCGUGGAUAGGUACAGAGCCCUGACCAGGCCGCUGCGACACCUACGAGAGAAGACUAUCAAACAUGCCCUCUGGAUGAUCUCAUUCAGUUACGUGAUACCGUUCGUGAUCUGGACCCCGCUGGUCAUCAUCCUUCCGUACAGUGGCGUCACGGAGCGCGUUCUGCCGCCGGAGUGCAAUGGCUCCUAUGGCCAUCAUUUCCCCUUGCUGGUGUUCGCCAUUGCCGUCAUGUCCUGGAUUCCUAUGCUGGCUACCAUCACCCUCUACAUCUUUGUGUUCCGCGCAGUGCUUCGCGGAAGCCGAAACGAGGACCGUAAGACGCGAGACCUUUGCCGCGUCUCCAUGAACACAGUAGAGGGGAGAGCCCUGCGAGAAGCCCGGCAGAUAAAAAACGACAGCAGUUGGGAAAACGAGGACCGAUCAAAUGAGGACCAAGAAGCCGCGCAAAGCUCUACCGAUGAUCCAAGGCAGAAGCAAAUAACCACAAAGAUCCCAACAAUGUUGUCUACUUUAAUGUGCGGCAUCGAGAACAGAGGGUAUCAGUCAAACGAGCAAGAGAAUGGAACCGAACUCCGAGAGGUCAUUCAAACCAUCGACAGAGAAGUUAUCAACCCCGACCAGCCCGCCUACAAGUCGCACCGCCGGAGCUUUGGCAGGCGUCUGGCGAGUCUUCGAGCUACUCGCACUCUGACCUACAUCCUUGUGGUCAUGGUAGUAUCCGCCCUACCAUGGUCCAUCAUUGCCUUCUUGGCAGUUGUGAGUCCUCACAGCACCCCUGAAGUAGACAUAUUCAGGACCAUGUCCUGGUUGGUACAUCUGAGCAGUGCGGCCAACCCGUUUUGCUACGCCGCCAGUAACCCUCGCUUCAAGCGGGCGUUCCUACACGUGUUGUGUUGUGGUAGGCGAGGACGUUAGUUCACGACGAUACGGUGAUUCUGGUGAAUAACGGAAACUUCAGUUGAGAAAUGCUUGUGCCUGGGCUGGUGACCUGUUUUAUCGAAGAGGUUCGCAGUCUGAUUCGCCACGGCAUGUGUUAGCUGCGUCACCUUUUUCCGCGCCCGAUCCGGAAGACUUUUAUUUAACGAGACAUUGGCGGAGAUAUACCUUUUGUCCGUCGAUAUGCUUAACAUUGUAUGAACCAUAUCACGUUCCUCAAGAUUUUUCCAGGGUAUUGAUAAAAGUUAUUGCCGACACACAGGUGUGAGAUGGUGACAGCCCAAUAUUCCGAAGGUUCGAUAGUCCGAAGGUUCGAUAUAGUCCGAAGGUUC